UGUGAGCGUGUGUGUGUGUGUGUGUGAGAGAGAGAGAGAGAGAGAGCGAGAGGGCGAGAGAGAGAGAGAGAGAGAGAGAGACAGGCAGAGAUGCCGUACACUGUCAGGCUCCGGUUAGCCUCGUGCCAGUCCGGCGUGGAACCGUCGGAGAAGUGAACAAGCAGAGAGAGAGUGUGUGUGUAUGUAGUGGAUGUCCGCAGCGAGCCUGCAGCCUGUGAGGGAGCGAGGUCGAGCCGGCAGUGGAAGGAGGACACAUUCCCUCCUCCAGUGAGGGAAUGUCGUGGAGCUGGCCGCUGUUUGCGAACGAGCAUCGCCCGAACCAGAAGAGCGGGACAUGCAGCUGAAAGCCGCUGUGUAACAGUUAGCCUUAGUGAUGCCGGCGUGGUUGUGAGAGACUAAACACUGGCAAAAGCGGCUCUGGUUUUCAAGCCCUCCUGACAUUUUCUGAGGGGAACCGUUUCUCUCCUGUGGACCCUUUUCUACUCGAUGUGGAUAUAUUCAACCUGAGGAAAAGACAGCGAGAGAAAAAAAGAGAGAGCGCUCACGAGAGAGGGAAGAAUAGAAUACGAGCACAUCCUCACUGAGGCUUCACUUCAUUAAACCCAGGGCAGCUUGCUGUUUCUUGUGAGAAAAAUGUGAAGACAGUGAAAGAGGCACAGGAGAAAGAGGGCAAAGAGUUAACUUUUAGGACGCUGAAAGGAAGGUCAUACUUACUGAUACCCUUCUAGAUUCUUACUUUUGCUCCCUCCGACUUUGUGGGUCUUUCAGAUCAUGGAGGGCCAGCGAGAUUCACAGAGGACUUUCCUAGUAGGCUCAUCCAAGGCUAUCGUGUUGCCCUUGUGUGGGUGGUUCUUGCUGCUGACCCUUGCCAUGACAUGCGGCGGAAAUUCUUUUACUACUUUCCACCCGGAAAGGCGAGAAUGGUCCUUCAAUCACCUGACGGUCCACCAGACGACAGGGGCACUCUACAUUGGUGCUGUUAAUCGUGUCUACAAACUCUCUGGCAACCUGACUCUCCUGGUGUCCCACGACACUGGUCCAGAAGAUGACAACAAGGCCUGCUACCCUCCUCUUAUUGUCCAGCCCUGUUCUGAACCACUAGUCUCUACCAACAAUGUCAACAAGCUCCUUCUUAUCGAUUACUCUCAUAACAGGCUGCUGGCCUGUGGGAGCCUCUACCAGGGUGUUUGCAAGCUACUUCGGCUAGAUGAUCUCUUUAUACUAGUAGAGCCUUCACACAAGAAAGAGCAUUACCUCUCUAGUGUCAACCAGACAGGCACCAUGUAUGGAGUUAUCGUGCCCUCCCAGGGCAAAGAUGGAACACUCUUCAUUGGCACUGCUGUAGAUGGCAAGCAAGACUACUUCCCAACCAUCUCCAGCCGCAAACUGCCCCGUGAUCCAGAGUCCUCAGCCAUGCUCGACUAUGAAAUGCACACUGACUUUGUCUCCUCGCUCAUCAAGAUUCCUUCAGACACCCUUGCGCUGGUCUCCCACUUUGACAUAUACUACAUUUACGGCUUUGCCAGUGGAAACUUUGUCUACUUCCUGACUGUGCAGCCAGAGACCCCAGAAAAUGGUAUGGCCUCCAGCGGCUCCUCCAACGACUUGUUCUACACUUCACGCAUUGUCCGCCUGUGCAAAGAUGACCAUAAAUUCCAUUCCUAUGUGUCACUGCCAAUUGGUUGCGUGCGUAACGGGGUGGAGUACCGAUUGCUGCAGGCGGCCUACCUGGCUAAACCUGGAAGAGUUCUUGCCGCCUCGCUCAACAUCACUGUCACAGAUGAUGUGCUCUUCACUGUCUUCUCCAAAGGCCAGAAGCAGUACCACCGGCCCCCAGACGAUUCGGCUCUCUGCGUCUUCACCAUCAAGGACAUCAACGCCCGCAUUAAGGAGCGCCUGCAGUCUUGCUACCAAGGGGAAGGCAACCUGGAGCUCAAUUGGCUGUUAGGGAAGGACGUUCAGUGCACCAAGGCGCCAGUACCCAUUGAUGACUCUUUCUGCGGCCUGGACAUCAACCAACCCCUGGGCGGCUCUCAGCUGGUGACCGGACACACGCUAUAUACAGAGAGCAGAGACCGCAUGACCUCAGUGACCUCUUAUGUCUACAACGGCUUCUGUGUGGCCUUUGUGGGUACCAAGAGUGGACGACUGAAAAAGAUUCGUGUGGAUGGUCCCCCUCAUGGUGGAGUGCAGUACGAGACAGUGUCUGUCAUUAAAGACGGCAGUCCUAUCCUCAGAGACAUGGCCUUUUCCGUGGACUGCAACUACCUCUAUGUGAUGUCUGAGAGACAGGUGACCCAGGUGCCCAUCGAGUCGUGUGAGCAGUACGGGACGUGCCGCGAGUGUCUGAGCUCUGGAGACCCGCACUGCGGCUGGUGUGUGCUGCACAACAUGUGUUCUCAGAGAGAUAGAUGUGAACGGGCCAAUGAACCCUACCGUUUUGCAGCCACCCUGAACCAGUGCAUAAAGGCCAAUGUAUACCCUGACAGCAUUGCAGUUUCUGAACCAGGUGUACCACUGCUGGUGAAGGUAACGGAUGUUCCAGAUCUCUCAGCUGGAAUCACUUGCUCCUUUGGGAACCUGACGGAGGUGGAGGGGACGGUGGAUGGCAAUCAGAUCCUGUGCAUUUCUCCAGCUGCUAAAGAUGUCCCCAUCAUUCCCACCGAUCAAGAUUGGUCUGGAGUGGAGCUCAGGCUGAACUCAAAGGAGACAGGUCAAAUGCUGAUCAGCACUGAGGUUAAAUUCUACAACUGCAGCGUGCACCAGCUGUGUUUAUCUUGUGUGACCAGUUCCUUCCGCUGCCACUGGUGCAAGUACCGAAACCUGUGCACACACGAUCCUUCCAGUUGCUCUUUCCAGGAGGGACGGGUCAAUGCUUCCGAGGACUGUCCUCAGCUGGUGCGCUCUGAGGAGAUUCUGAUCCCGGCAGGUGAGGUGAAGCCCAUCACCCUGAAGGCCCGGAACCUUCCACAACCUCAGUCUGGCCAGCGCGGCUAUGAGUGUGUCCUGCACAUCCAGGGGGUCAGCCACAGAGUCACAGCGCUCCGCUUCAACAGUUCCAGCGUGCAAUGCCAGAACAGCUCGUACCUUUAUGAGGGGAUGAGGAUUAGUGAGCUGCCGGUGGAUUUCUCGGUGGUGUGGAACGGCAACUUUAUUAUUGAUAAUCCUGAGAACAUCCAAGUGCACCUGUACAAGUGUGGCGCUCAAAGAGACAGCUGCGGCAUGUGUCUAAAGGCUGAGAGGAAGUUCCAGUGUGGCUGGUGCAGUAUGGAGGGCCGCUGCACUCUGCGCCACCACUGCCCUAUGUCCAACCCAUACACCAGCCGCUGGCUCAACCUGGCCACUACCAACGUCAAGUGCACCAACCCACGCAUCACUGAGGUGACCCCAGUAGCCGGACCUCCGGAAGGGGGCACAAGAGUGACCAUCCACGGGGUGAACUUGGGUCUGUCCUUCUCAGAAAUGGUGGAUAAUGUGCAGGUGGCAGGAGUCCCGUGUACCCCAAAAGAGGAUGGUUACAUCAUUGCCGAACAGAUAGUGUGCGAGAUGGACGCGGCCCCAGAAGACACCAAGCCCGGCCCUGUGCAGCUAUGUGUGGGCGAGUGUAAGCCUGAACUGCAGGCCCGCUCUUCCCAGCUCUACUCUUUCGUGACUCCCUCUGUGACAGGCUUGUCCCCCAGCCGGGGUCCAGAGUCAGGGGGCACUAAGGUGACCGUAAUUGGGGAGAACCUAGGCGCCGGCAGCAGUGUCAACGUGCUCUUCGGGAACCAAACCUGCGAGUUCUUUGAGCGGUCUAUGACGGAGAUUGUGUGCUUCUCUGCUCCCUCGCUGACUGGUGUGGGCUCAGUACAGAUUACCGUCAGUGUGGACCGUGCCCAGGUGAAGGAAAGUCUCAGCUUUGAGUACAUUGAUGACCCUACUGUACAACGCAUCGAUCCUGAAUGGAGCAUUGCGAGUGGACACACUCCUCUGGUGGUGACCGGAACCAACUUGGACGUUGUGCAGGAACCCAGGAUACGAGUGAAGUAUGGGGGACGCGAGUCUGUAAACGUGUGUAAGGUUCUGAACACUACCACUAUGAGCUGUUUUGCUCCAUCUCUGACAGCAGAGUACAGACCUGGGCUGGACUCAGUAAAACACGCAGACGAGUUUGGCUUCAUCUUCAAUAAUGUGCAGGCUCUGCUGGUGUACAACAACACCAACUUCCUGUACUACCCCAACCCCUACUUCGAGCCUCUCAGCACCAACGGGAUUCUGGAGCAGAAGCCAGGCUCGCCCAUUAUCUUGAAGGGGAAAAACCUGGUUCCCCCAGCAUCAGGUGGAGUGAAGCUGAACUACACGGUGCUUCUAGGAGAGACCCCCUGCUCAGUCACUAUCUCAGACACCCAGCUGCUCUGUGAGCCCCCCAACCUUACUGGCCAGUACAAAGUCAUGGUGCAGGUGGGUGGUCUUCAUGUCUCUCCUGGCUCCGUAAACAUCCUGUCAGACAGUCUCCUGACUCUGCCCGCCAUCGUGAGCAUCGCAGCAGGUGGUGGCCUUCUCCUCAUCAUUGUCAUCCUCGUCCUCAUUGCCUACAAACGCAAAUCCAGAGAAAACGACCUCACACUCAAACGGCUGCAGAUGCAGAUGGACAACCUGGAGUCCAGGGUCGCGCUGGAGUGCAAAGAAGCCUUUGCAGAGUUGCAGACCGACAUUAAUGAGCUUACCAGUGAUUUGGAUAGAGCUGGCAUCCCUCACCUGGACUACCGCACCUACGCUAUGAGAGUGCUCUUCCCUGGAAUUGAGGAUCACCCAGUUCUCCGAGAGCUGGAGGUGUCUGGUAAUGGGCAGCAAAACGUGGAGAAGGCUCUGAAGUUGUUUGCGCAGCUGAUCAACAACAAGGUGUUUUUGUUGACGUUUAUCCGCACGCUGGAGCUGCAGCGCUCCUUCUCCAUGCGCGACCGUGGCAACGUGGCCUCCCUCAUCAUGACUGCUCUGCAGGGCAGGCUGGAGUACGCCACAGAUGUGCUCAAACACCUUCUCUCAGACCUCAUUGACAAAAACCUGGAGAGCAAGAACCACCCCAAACUGUUGCUGCGCAGGACUGAGUCUGUGGCUGAGAAGAUGCUCACCAACUGGUUUGCCUUCCUCCUUCACAAAUUCCUCAAGGAGUGUGCUGGGGAGCCUCUGUUUAUGCUGUACUGUGCUAUAAAGCAGCAGAUGGAGAAAGGCCCUAUAGAUGCCAUCACAGGAGAAGCACGCUACUCCCUCAGCGAAGACAAACUGAUUCGACAGCAGAUAGAGUACAAGACUCUGAUUUUGAACUGUGUGAAUCCGGAUAACGAGAACAGCCCGGAGAUUGCAGUGAAAGUGCUGAACUGCGAUACGAUCACGCAGGUGAAGGAGAAGAUACUGGAUGCUGUCUACAAGAACAUGCCCUACUCACAGAGACCUAGAGCAGUGGACAUGGAUCUGGAGUGGCGUCAGGGUCGAAUGGCACGCGUGGUCUUGCAGGAUGAAGAUAUCACCACCAAAAUUGAGAAUGACUGGAAGAGACUCAACACACUCAUGCACUACCAGGUUUCAGAUCGCUGUGUGGUGGCGCUGGUCCCGAAGCAGACAUCCUCCUACAACAUUCCUCCCUCAGCAAGCAUUUCCCGCACAUCCAUAAGCAGAUAUGACUCGACGUUCCGUUAUACUGGAAGUCCAGACAGUCUGCGCUCGCGAGCCCCUAUGAUCACUCCUGACCUGGAGAGUGGGGUGAAGGUGUGGCACUUGGUCAAGAACCAUGAACACGGAGACCAAAAGGAGGGCGACCGAGGCAGCAAGAUGGUAUCAGAGAUCUACCUCACCCGUCUGCUAGCUACUAAGGGUACACUGCAGAAGUUUGUCGACGAUCUGUUCGAGACUCUGUUCAGCACGGUCCACAGAGGCAGUGCUUUGCCCUUAGCCAUCAAAUACAUGUUUGAUUUCCUGGAUGAACAGGCCGAUAAGCAUGGCAUCCACGACAUGGAUGUGCGCCACACAUGGAAAAGCAACUGCCUUCCAUUGCGAUUUUGGGUGAACGUAAUCAAGAAUCCUCAAUUUGUGUUUGACAUCCACAAGAGCAGCAUUACUGAUGCCUGCUUGUCUGUCGUGGCCCAGACAUUCAUGGACUCGUGUUCCACUUCAGAACACAGGCUGGGAAAAGAUUCGCCCUCCAACAAGCUGCUAUAUGCUAAAGACAUCCCUAACUACAAAAACUGGGUAGAGAGGUACUACGCUGACAUUAGCAGGCUGCCGGCCAUCAGUGACCAGGACAUGAACGCGUACCUGGCCGAGCAGGCACGGCUCCACUCCAAUGAGUUCAACAUGCUGAGUGCUCUGAAUGAGAUCUACUCUUACGUCAGCAAGUACAGCGAAGAAAUCACGGCGGCGCUGGAGCAGGACGAGCAGGCCAAGAAGCAGAGGCUGGCCUAUAAGGUGGACCAGCUCAUCGGCGCCAUGUCCCUGGAGAGCUGAGAGCAGCCAGGCCAGACGGAGCGAAGGAACACAGACCCAAACACAGACGCGAAACCUUUACCCAAAGCCUUGUCCUGAGACUCAAAUGGAAAAAGGGGGCACAGCUGGCUUUGGGGGCCUUUCGCCAGCGAUAGCUUGGUUAUUUUUGUUUUAUUGAAGUCAAAAGGUUACCUCAGCAAGACCACUGGAAAAGACAGUAAGCUGCAAGAUCAUCUACUUUUGCCUUCCACCCUGCAAGAGGAAUGAAAGUAUAUAUUUUAAGUUGCUAAAAAAAAGAAUAUAUGCUGGCCCCAGCAGCUUUCUGAGGCAACCUGCAUUUUUUAUUUUAUUUAUUUUUUUUUUUGUCUCCUUUUUUUAUGUGCUUGGCUUUGGAAAGAGUUUGGGAUAUCUUGAGGAAACUACAACUACAGCUGCUUCUCCUAAUCAACUUUGUGUAACUGGUGGUGUGUAAAAAAGAAUGGAAAAGAGAGCCAGAUGUGCAAAUGCCUCAAUUUAAAUCCAGCUGAUGGCUUUUACUUCUAAAUUUUUAUUUUUAUACGCAAGUCAUGUUCCUUUAAUUCCCUUCUGUUGCAGUGUGCCUCCGAAAUGUUAAUGCCGUAGAGACAUUUGUAGUCCUCCUCGCUGGCUAAUGUGAUGAUGACUAGACAUUUCCACAUUUUGUCUUUCCAAAAACAGAGGCUGUAACCCACCCCUGUGCAUGAACCUUUAUCAUACAAAGGAAAUGAACUCGGAGAAACUCUUCAGGAUCCUGCGAGAUCUUUUGAAGAAUCAUCUGUAUUUUUAGAGCGCUAACUGACCUCUUAACGACGACGAGUCAAAGUAUGUCCAGCAUGUGUCUCAUGAUUGCCAGGACUGCAGUGUGGAAAACGCUGUCAGACCAGCCUCAUAGACUUCUCCUCUUGCAGUCUCUGUCUUUGUCCUGUUUUCUACAUGUAAGCGUUUGUGAAUGUACAAAACUGUUCCACUAUUGUGUCCUUUGAUUUAUUUGUUUUGGAAAAAGGGAUCAGUUGAACUGAUCUCAGCCACAAGAGGGCAUGUAAUGCUCUCUAAUGCUCUGAAGUCCCUCAAACUCCCGUCCUCAUCCUUGAUUAUCUUGCCAAAAUGUACUGAAAAAACUGAUUUCAAUGCUCUUUACUUACAUGGUUUUUAGUGAUUGGACAGUAGCAAUGAGAUUGCCCUUUUGCUCAGCUAGUAAAGUUAACUGGAGUAACUGAUUCAGGAUCAGUGCUACAUACCAGGCAGUAUUACUUCUUCCGUAUGGUCCAAUGUUGUGUGUAUUUUGCAUGCAUUAUAAAGUACCUCAUAAAGGAAAAGAUAAUGUCUUCAUUCCCAUCCGCUCAUAUUUUCAAGUGCCAAGGGAUCGUGCGAGCGGUGCAUGUUGCUGGCCGAGGACCACCGCUAAACUUACAUCUACACACUACCACCCUAAAAAGUGGGCGCAUCCUGAUUAAGUGCCAAAAGCUCAGUCAAAAUUCAUGGACAUGUCUGAAACGGUUAUUGCUUUAUUAAGGGAACCAACAACCUUCAAACUUGAACAGUGAGGACGCAGGGUGGCACUGACAGGGGGAAAAGAACCAGAAAAGACAGAAAGUAGCUGAAACUGCUGCUUUGCUACUUUCUUCCUGCAGUCAAGAACCGGUACGAGAACACGGCAAGAUGUAAUUUGUAAAAUACUUUUGGUGACUGGAGUCGUGAUAGCUUGGCUGCAUGUUUUUUUUUUUUUCUUCCCUUCUCCGACACGAAAUAUGUCAACAGCAAGCAUGAACAGCUUUCAUUUUUAAUGCAUGAUGUCAGGUGGGGCUGUUUUUGAUGAUCAUCCUAACCGCAGUAGACAAGGUUAUUAAAGGUUACCAGCAGUGGGAGUUCACAGUGCACCGCUUUGGAAGCCUUCUCACAAACCGCAAAAACUAAUGUGGCUUGGAGACUGACCUUUUUUUACAUGCUUGGCAGCACCGUAUAGUCAUGUACUAUAAAAUACAGAAAUCGGUAUCAACAGUGUAUAGAAUGAGAUUAUUUCUUAAGAUAACUAAAACCAGACUCUGCUUCACAGCUGAAAUGUUGAGCUAUUGAUCUGAGAAACACCUCAUAACCAGACUUUUCUAGUUUGUCUUGUUCUUUGUUCUUCAGCGUUCUUUGCUCCUUGCUUCGGCAAAUUGACUCCGUCUGAGACAGAUGAAGAUACAGGAGAGACUGAUAAAGUAAAGAGAGGAUGAAAUGAAUGGGAAAGAAAGGUGAAGAAAGAGUGGCUGCUUUAUUGCUCGGCUAUCUUUUAUCGAGUGUUUGAGGAGCAUAGAAAUGAGAGAGAAAGAGUGAGAGAGAAGGAAGGAAAGAGAGAGAGAGAGGCCCCCUUAGUUUCAGUUUCCUGCUCAAGCUUUGAAGCUUCACUUUGAUCUCAGCUAGUCAUGUGCACACUGAGAUCAGGAGAUAUAAAAAAAUGAAUGCACAUCAGAAAUAGGAAAGAGGAAGGAAUUAUAAAAAGAGUGACAUGAUUGACAUGGAAUUAAUGUGUCAGAGAGCGUUAGUUAGGCAAGCACUGCGGGAAUUCCCACUGUG